GUGGGGGUGUCAGAGUCCACUCACAAACUGAUCAGCUGACUCACCGGGUGUGGAGCAGGUUCCCUCACAGAUCUCUGUUUAUCCUUAACCAUUCUCUCCUUUCCUCACCUGUCUCCCUGUACCCGCCGGCUGAAGGAGCUGCAAAGCGUCAUGGAAUCUACAGGAGAGGAACUUGAAGAAGAAGCCUGCAGAAUAAACCAGGAAGAUGAAAACAUUGAAACCACCCCCGAAUAUGCUGAAAAUGCAUCCAGUUCUAUUCUAACAACCCCAACAGCUCCCCCCAACAGCCUGCCUCUGACAGGGGAACGACAAAUGAAGAAGAAAGUGUUAGCAGCUCCAGCUCUGAGUCUGUCAUUAGGUGGCAGUGGGUCGAUAACCUCUGACGACCUACAAUCAGCCUUCCUCUCCCCCUCACCAGAAGAUCUAGAGGACACAGGGCUGGAUUUUGAUUUGGACGCCAUAGAAACGCCAUCAGACAGUGAAUCCUUGCACUUCCCCAUCUAUGACCUGGACCUUGAAGAGGACCUCCUGCGGCUCGGUGUGGCCUCCCACCACAACAGAGUAUCUGGAUCCGGAUCCAGGUCAGGCUCAGGGCCCGGUUUCUUAUCAGGGCCUGACCAGUUUGGACUGGGAGCUUUGGAAAGGGAGGACAUAGUGGACGGAGAAGGUACCAAGUGGCGCUGCUUUACCACAGGCGACCCCCCGCAGGAGUCCAGGGUCAACAUGAGCGUCCUGGAGCCUUACCUGAGGGUGUUGUCACACGGAGGUUACUACGGAGAUGGUCACAAUGACAUCAUUGUGUUUUCCUCCUGCUACCUUCCAGAAAACAGUCUGGAAAACUACCAGUAUGUGAUGGAUAACCUCUUCAGAUUUGUAAUUGGGACCCUGGAGCUGAUGGUUGCAGAAAACUAUGUGAUAGUCUAUCUGUGUGCAGGAGGCCAGAAGGAAAAACUCCCAGGAAUCGGGUGGCUUAAAGAGUGCUACACCAGCAUAGACCGGAGGUUGAGGAAGAACCUGAAGGGUUUCUAUGUGGUUCAUCCCACCUGGUACAUCAAACUCCUCAUCACCAUCAUCAAACCCUUCAUCAGCUCUAAGUUCAGCAGAAAGCUUCAGUUCGUGAACACGCUUCAGGAGCUUUCCCAGUUCAUCUCUACUGAACAUGUGCAGAUCCCAGACUGUGUCAGACAGUACGACCAGAACCAGUCCAGGUGAAGCUCAAGUACAGCCUGAAGUGAAUAAAAUAUUCCUCUCUGGUAUUGAUUGCGUCUCACCUUGCAGGAAGUGAUUAUACAUCACCUUCAGACUGUAUUUCAGGAUAAGGAUUAUGCUAUUUUUACAAAUGUAUUUUGUAAAUGGUGUUGAUGGAGGCUUUGCUUUUUAUAUAUAUAUAUUUUUAAAUCUCUUUUUUUAUAUUUUUGAAGAGAAAACAGCAUAAUACACAUGCACAAUGUACACACGCUGCCUCAUUUCUGUUUUCACUUCUCAAGGGACAUUUUGAAAGCAAAUUUUUUUUACAGAGAGUUCGGGUUAAUGAGAAUUUUCUGUCCUUUCCUCCAUAACCUGGUGAGGUUUUUAAAUCUAAUAUUGUUUCUACACUUCAGUGUUAUGAAAAAAAACAUGUUUAUUGAUUAUAACCAUCUGGAUAUGUUGAUGUUUUUUAGAUUAAUUAGAA